AUGUCAAGAUUAGCAAAUACAAUUUGUUUGUUUGAUGUCGAUGGUACAUUGACUAAACCAAGAAAUGAUAUUACACCACACAUGAAGCAAUUCAUGAGAGAACUAAAGAACAAAGUUGAAUUGGGUGUCGUUGGUGGUAGUGAUUUAGUUAAGAUUCAAGAACAACUCGGAAGUGAUUGCCUCACCGAGUAUGAUUAUCUCUUUGCCGAGAACGGUUUGAAUGCAUUCAAAUCCGGUCAACCACUUGCUCAACAAAGUAUCAAAGACUUUUUAGGUGAAGAGAAUCUAAAGAAAUUCUUAAACUUUGUACUCCGUUAUCUUGCCGACAUUGACAUCCCAAUCAAGAGAGGAACUUUUAUUGAAUUUAGAAAUGGUAUGAUCAAUAUUUCACCGAUCGGUAGAAAUUGUUCACAAAAGGAGCGUGAUGAAUUCGAAAAGUAUGACAAGCAACAUCAGGUACGUUCCAAGAUGGUCAGUGUAUUGCAAACAGAGUUCUCAUCGCUCGGACUAAAGUACUCGAUCGGUGGUCAAAUCAGUUUCGACGUCUUCCCAAUCGGAUGGGACAAGACUUACUGCUUGAGACACUUGCCAGCCGAACAAUACAAGACAAUCUAUUUCUUUGGUGACAAGACAUUCGUUGGUGGUAAUGAUUACGAAAUCAGUGUUGACCCAAGAAUCACCAAAUCCUUUACUGUUACAUCUCCAGAGGACACUGAAAGAUUCCUCAGAGAAUUAUUCUACCAAUAA